AUGUUCUGCAUGCUUAGCACAUGCACCAGAACAUUAUGCUAUUCCUCUUCAUCACCCCUAUCACCAUCACAAUCUUCUUCAAUGGUGAAAAAGGUGUGCUCAUUGGUGUGUGAUUCUUACCACAAUCAAAGCCAUGUGAGGGUUUCAUCUCCAAGGCUCAACCUUGUUGAUAUUGACCCUGAUUCACUGACCCAUGAACAAGCCUUAACCAUAGUUGCGUCACUUGCUUCUGAUGCUGGUUCAAUGGUGGCCUUGAGUUUUUUCAAUUGGGCAACUGUGCACUCGAAAUUUCGAAACUUUAUGCGGUUUUACAUAGUUUGUGCAACAUCAGUCAUUGGGAAUGGGAACACUGAGAAGGCCCAUGAAGUGUUGCAGUGUAUGGUUAAGAAUUUUGCUGAGAUUGGGAAGGUGAAGGAUGCUGUGGAGAUGGUUAUUGAGAUGCAUAAUCAGGGUUUGGUACCAAGUACCAGGACUUUGAAUUGUGUGAUUAAAGUUACUUGUGAAAUGGGGUUUGUUGAAUAUGCAGAGUACCUGUUUGAGGAAAUGUGUGUGAGAGGGGUUCACCCUAAUUCUGCUAGUUAUAGGUUGAUGGUUAUUGCUUAUUGCAGGAUUGGCAAAAUUUUGGAGGCGGAUAGGUGGUUGCAUGCCAUGCUUGAGAGGGGAUUCAUGGUUGAUAAUGCGACAUUUACAUUGGUGAUCAGUAAGUUCUGCGAAAAGGGUGUUUCAAACAGGGCGAUGUGGUAUUUUAGGAAGUUGAGUGACAUGGGUUUGAAGCCUAAUUUGAUUAAUUAUACAUGCAUGAUUGAAGGUUUGUGUAAAAGGGGCAGCAUCAAGCAAGCCUUUGAAAUGUUGGAGGAAAUGGUGGGUAAAGGUUGGAAACCUAAUGUGUAUACGCAUACCGCAUUGAUUGAUGGUCUUUGCAAGAAAGGAUGGACUGAGAAAGCCUUCAGGUUAUUUCUUAAGCUUGUUCGAAGCGAAAAUCACAAGCCAAAUGUCCAUACAUACACUGCCAUGAUAAGUGGGUAUUGCAAAGAUGAGAAACUGAACCGGGCAGAAAUGCUACUGAACCGAAUGAGAGAGCAGGGUUUAGUCCCGAACACCAACACAUACACAGCUCUCAUUGAUGGACACUGCAAAGCAGGAAACUUUGAAAGAGCAUAUGAGUUGUUGAAUCUAAUGAAUAAUGAUGGUUUUAGUCCCAAUAUCUGUACAUAUAAUGCCAUUGUUGAUGGCCUUUGUAAAAAGGGAAGGGUAAAAGAAGCUUACAAAAUUCUUAGGAGUGGCUUUCAUAAUGGUUUGGAAGCUGAUAAAGUCACCUAUACUAUUCUCAUAUCUGAACAUUGCAAUCAGGCUGAAAUCAAGCAAGCAUUGGUGUUAUUUAAUAAGAUGGUCAAGAUUGGUAUUCAACCUGACAUUCAUUCAUACACUACAUUGAUUGCAGUCUUAUGCAGGGAAAAGAGAAUGAGAGAAAGUGAGAUGUUUUUCGAGGAAGCUUUAAAAGUUGGACUCAUCCCUACGAAGAAGACUUAUACAUCUAUGAUAUGUGGUUAUUGCCGGGAAGGAAAUUUGAACUUGGCUAUGAGGUUUUUCCAUAGGAUGAGCGACAGUGGUUGUGUUCCAGAUUCCAUUACUUAUGGUGCUAUUAUAAGUGGGCUAUGCAAACAAUCGAGGUUGGACGAGGCUCGUGGAUUAUAUGACUCCAUGUUAGAAAAGGGACUUGUGCCAUGUGAAGUUACCCGGGUAUCAUUGGCUUAUGAAUAUUGCAAGAUAGAUGACGGUUUCUCUGCUAUGGCUGUUCUUGAAAAGCUGGAGAAGAAACUCUGGAUCAGAACAGCUAAUACCCUUGUCCGGAAGCUUUGUAGUGAGAAGAAAGUAGGCCUUGCAGCACUGUUAUUUCACAAGCUACUAGACAUAGAUCUUCAAGUCAAUCGGGUAACAUUAGCAGCAUUUAUGACUGCAUGCUAUGAAAGCAAUAAGUAUGCUCUUGUUUCCGAAUUCUCUGCAAGGAUAUACAAGGAAAACCGAUUAGCAAUCAAUGUCACUAAAUGA